ACUGUCACUCAGGAGCAGGUCCGUUGCAGCCGCACUGAAAUGCCCUCGCCUCGGGCGCCUCUCACAAAACCGAAAAAUUUCGAGUCACGUCACCAUAGCAGCCUUCGUACCAGGCUGCCCUUGCACUUUACUGGUAACGCACGGCAGCAAACUCCGAUUUUCCUCCCGGUUAAAGUGAGAGGGCGUGGCAUUGACUCUGGGAGAGAUUGCUCGCAGAACAAACGUAUAUAACCCAGGUUUGUGGGGAGGAAUGUAUCAGUUUAUUGCUGACCACCAUAGCAGACAUGAAGCUGAUCGUGUUGACUACCCUUGUGGCCGCGGCCUCGGCCUCUGGUAGCCUCGGUUACCAUGGAAACGCCCUCGGCGGCGGCGCCCCGUUCCGCGGAGUCGGGGGCGCCGGUUUCCAGGGCGUCGCCGGGGGCGCCGGCUACGGCUCCCAGGACUACUACGCCAAGCCCAACUACAACUACGGCUACUCGGUGAAGGACCCGUACUCAGGUGUGGACAUUGACGCCCAGGAGAACCGCUACGGCUACCAGACGCAGGGCUCCUACGGCACCACACUGCCCGACGGCCGCAGGCAGAACGUCAACUACGUCGUGGACGGCGACUCGGGCUUCGUGGCGGACGUGCAGUACUACGGCGUGGCGCAGCACCCGAGCACGCCCAUCAACGCCGGCUACGGCAAGGCCGGUCUUAGGGCUGGAGCUCUUCGUGGCGGCGCUGGGCUCCGUGGGGCUACCCUGGGCGGCGCUGGCUACUCUGGAGCUGCCGGCUACGGCGGCGCUGGCUACUCUGGUGCUGCCCUGGGCGGCGCUGGCUACUCCGGUGCUGCCCUGGGCGGCGCUGCUCUCAGUGGUGCUGGCUUCCGCAGGGCUGCUGGUUUCGGUGGUGCUGGUUACGGUGGUGCUGGUUACUCUGGUACUGCGCUGGGCGGUGGCCUGUUCCGCGGUGCUCGUUUCGGUCGGUCCGGUCUCCGCAGUGGUUACGGAGGCUGCACGGGCUACAGCUGCUAGAAAACCCGUAUGACAUACCAAAAAAGAUAGCGUCUGUGUUAAUUUGUCCUGCGUUUUUUUUUUUCACUGUCACGUCCGUGAUGAUCUGGUUAUCUCAUGUGCUCCGAGCUGCUGUCGCGUGGUAUUCUUGAAUACAGCUUGAUGAUGCUAA